ACAGCACGAACCGAGAAGGUUUGACAUUCCACGUCACGAAGAAACGAUUCGAGAAAGCGGCCGCCUGCUGAUUAGUUAUUGAAAUACUCUUGAGGAAAUUACCCGAAAACCAAGAUGUUUAAGCACCUGCUGGUUCUCUGCGCCCUGUGCGCCGUUUUUAACGUCUGCCUGUCCGAGGACGAGACUCGCGCUCGCCUCCUCGUCUCCAAACAGAUCCUGAACAAGUAUCUGGUGGAGAAGAGCGAUCUGCUGGUCAGGUACACCAUCUUCAACGUAGGAAACGGAGCCGCCACCAAGGUUAGCCUCGUCGACAGCGGUUUCCACCCUGAGGCCUUCGAGGUGGUCGGAGGACAGCCCACCGCCGUGGUCGACAGGAUUGCCCCCCAGACUAACUUCACCCAUGUGGUUGUGGUGCGCCCCAAGGCCUUCGGUUACUUCAACUUCACCGCCGCCGAGGUGUCCUACAAGCCCGUCGAGGAGUCGGAGACGCUCCAACUGGCUAUCAGCUCUGAGCCCGGUGAGGGUGGCAUUGUCAACCUGAACGAGUACAACAAGCGCUUCUCCUCCCACUUCUUCGAUUGGGUGGCCUUCGGCGUGAUGACCCUGCCCUCCUUGGCCAUCCCUCUGGGUCUGUGGCAUCAGUCCAAGAGCAAAUACGAGCGCUCUGGCAAGAACAAGAAGCACUAAGCUGUCCAGCCGUGGAGUCGUGGAGCCUCACCCCAAGAGAUUUCUUUUCGAACACACACAUAAAUUCCGUUCAAUUUUGUUGCUUUAGUUUCCAAUUGAUUCCAUGCGUUGUUUCACUCAUUCAACCCACAAACACAUUUAGUUUACUCCAGUCUGGGACUGUCGUCUGGAGACGGGCGUUAAAUCGUUUUAGAUUUGAUACGAAGACGCAUCGAGUAAAGAGAGUUAAAAAGUCCAUCAAAGAUAAGCGUUUUCUGCUUUUCUAAAUAAAUUAAAUCCAAUUGUAA